AUGGCUAGCCCUCCUGUGCUAGCCUUCGAUGCUGAGGGCCGCCCAGUGAAGUUCGACACCUGGCUAGAUGACCUGCACCUCUUCCUACAGCUCACUGCCAAGGAGGACAUUUCACUGUACGAUCACGCCCUAGGCCAUGCUACUGCCCCUGACACUACUGCUGACAGCACUCUGCGCUCCCAGUGGCAGACCCGUGACGCGCACGCUCGCUUCGCUAUUCGCAACUCCCUACCGCUAGAUGAGCGCGAGCACUUCGGCCAGUGCAAGACUGCUAAGGAACUGUACACAGCCGUAGUUGCUCGUUACUCCUCACCUGCGUCUGCCGCACUAGGCCGCCUCUCACUGCCCUACCUGUUCCCCGACCUGGCCUCCUUUCACACUGUUGCUGACCUCAUUACCCACCUCAAGACUAUCAGGGAUUCCUUUCUAGCUCGCUCCCCCACUGAACUCACCAUUGCCCUCCUCGAGAAGGAACUCCUUGCAGCUGAGGCGAGCAUCGUCGCCGUAGGUGCCUCUCGUGGCGAGCCCCGCACCCCCUUCUUUGAGGGGUGUUCCCCUUCCCCCCUUCUCCCCUCUGUCGCCUCUGCUUCUGCUGUCGACCUCCUUGGUGCUGAGGUGGUCGGGACCGCGUCUGCUUCGAGCGGGCGCCGCAGGACCAAAGGAGGCAAGGGUGGAGGUGGCGGCGGGGGAGGCGGGGGUGGAGGCGGUGGGAGUGGAGGAGGGGCUGGAGAGACUAGUGGCGGCAGUGGGGGUAGUGACGGCAGCGGCGGAGGCGGUGGCAGGGGCGGGGGCGGCAGCGGGGGCGGCGGUGGUCGUGGCAGCGGCAGGGGAGGGGGUGGUCGAGGAGGUGGCAGCGGCGGUGGUGGUCGUGGAGGCGCUGGCGGUGGUCCGAGCCAGCAGCACACUCCGUCGCUCCAGGAGGCCCGUGAGUGGUAUGCGCAGCGUGGGGGGGCGGGUGGCCUUAGCUGCACGUACGUCAUCCGCACUGGUGACCGCGCUGGUCAGACGUGUGGGAAGCCGCACCCCACGCCGCGCUGUUUCGCGCGCCUUGACGACGCUUGGCGCACUCAGUUCCCUGACGGCAAUGAGCUGCCCCGCUGGUUUGAUCUAGAGAAGAAGGGAAUUGAUAUCUGGGCUUUAGACUUUGAUGCUAUUCUCACUGCCAUGUAUGCUAUGUUUACUAGUGGAGAGGGUGCUCAGUACUUGCGUGUUCCGCCCGACCCGGGCAUUCUGACCAGUGAGGCUGCUGCUCUAGGUGCUAGUGCGUCUGCAGCUCCAGGUGCUCGCGUGUCUGCUACCCCUGGUGAUGGUGAGGCUGCCACUCUAGGUGCUGGUGAGUCUGUCUCCCCUGGUACUGAGUCGACUGCGGCACUGCACACCUUCACACUGGACUCAGGUGCUUCUCGUUGUUUCUUUCGAGAUCGCACUGCCCUUGAGCCACUCGCUCGGCCAGUUGCUGUCUCCCUUGCUGACCCCUCUGGGGGUCUGGACGCGGGUGUUCACCAGUUCACCCCUGCCUACGAGCGACUGCAUUGA